UUGAAGUGGUGGAGAUAUAUAACCGAGUUCUCACGUGAACCCUAUUUUCCCUCUGUUGGAGCGGAUACAGGGAGGCUCUACAGUGGUUCAGAAGCCUCUGAUGUUGUCUUCCAGUACGUCGAGAAAGAAAAUCUGGUGAAGCCAACAGACAAAUCAACUGUUGUCUUGGAUCCACCACUAUGUGAUGCUCUGUUCAAGGGUGCCAUCAAGAAAGGAUCGACAUAUCACAAUGUGAUUCACAAGAAAGAUCUUGGAUCGACGUUUUGGCAGGAUGCAGCCACACCAUUUGGUGAUUAG